UGUCGUUAGAAGAAGUCUUAGAGAGCGGUGCCGUUCCUGUAUACCCCAGCUCCAUCAGGGGCAAUAUUACCGUGUUUGCUGGGACAGAUAUCCCCACCCACACCAACGCAGGUCCCUACCCCACGGACACUCUUUUAGGACUGCACACCAUGGAUUCUCAAACUAUUGGGCAUGUUCUGGAGGUUGUAUAUAAAGAUGGCCGAGUGAUGUUGCCGGACCAUGUCACCGACACUUGGUUGCUACAUGUGCAGCCAGCACGUGACAGGCACGAGCAGAACGUUGAAACGUACCGAGAUGUUAAAGGUCAUCUGUUCUUGCGCUUUCUCCGACACAUCAAUAAAGGGGAGCAACUCUUGGUUUGGUACAGCGAUGAUCUGGCUCGGCAGAGCGGUAUCCCAAUCCUGUCUCCUGACAAUAUCAGAGGUAACCAGCAAUACAUGUGCACUGAGUGUCAGAAGAUAUUCAAGUAUCCCAAUAGUCUUAAAGCCCACAUUCGCUUCCGAUGUAGUGACAAGAAGCCUGAUGUUACAGACAGAUUACAUACACCUCCCGUGUUCACCGUUAGGUCCAUGCUUAACCUGCCCUUGACUGGGGAUGUCCCACAAUGUGCCUCACUCCCUUCAAUGGGAGCCUUCCUCACAAGCAGAAGUAAAUCUGGUUCUUCAAAAGAUUCCCUAGAAAACUGGUUAUUGACAAGGGCCACGACACAGCUGCAGUUGCCAACGACGGAGCUUUCUGCCUUCAGACCCCACUAUAAGGUAGGGGACGGCCACGCCGAGCCAGACAGACUGGAAUCCACCCACACUGACCAGGGUGUCCUCAAUCUGUCGGUGAGGGAAGCGCCAAAACAUUCCCUCCCACAGCAAACUCAGACUUCAAUGACUGGCGUGUCUCAGCCAAUACAGAUAUUCAACCAUAUACACCCUCCAGCUUUCCCCAUUGCUAUUGACCACAGUGCCCUUCGGCUCUACUACCCCUAUCUGAACCCCAUGCACGAACAAACUAGACUAUGUUGUGGCUCUCUACCAACCCACACAUCCCUAACAGAGCAAAGGGAGGCGUGCGUGUCACAGUACGGUCGCCAUCUGCUCAGGGCUACGUCUAACGCCAAACACGCAGGACAGGCUAUAAGCCCACAGUGUUACCAAAGCCACAUGGCAGAACCUUCUACAGGGAAAACCAGCGCGUCUUCCGUGCCAUUCCCUUUCCCAAUGCCGUCAGAAACAGAAGGAGAACCCCUCGACCUGAUCCCAAGAUCUCUCUUCACUAGUAAAUCAAGAAAAGGCCACUUGUGUAUUUACUGUGGGAAGCUCUACUCCAGGAAAUACGGACUGAAGAUUCAUCUGCGCACACACACUGGGUACAAGCCAUUGAAGUGUAAGGUGUGUCUAAGACCGUUUGGGGAUCCAAGCAAUCUCAACAAACACGUCCGACUUCACGCAGAAGGAGAGACACCAUACAGAUGCGAGUUCUGCGGCAAGGUACUGGUGAGACGGCGGGACCUGGAACGACACAUACGGUCUCGCCACCCAGAUAAAGCAGAGAAACAGCUGGAGGAUAAGGUGCUAAGCGACGGAGAGCAUGCCGACACCACGACCGUAGACGCUGCCGAUACCUUAGACAGGGAGAUUGUGGUCACAUAAAAAGACGCACAUUUGAUGCACAGCUGUUGAAGAAAAGAUUUGUAAUAAAAUCCGAAUCUAGUCAACUUGUUCAUUAGCUAAUCACGGCGAUGCUAGA